CCCCCCCCCGCAACCCUCUCACACCAUCACCAACCCUCCUUCUCCUCCUCUGCCAACUCCACUUGUAAACCAGGACCGAUCACACAACGAUGGAUAACUUAUACGCGAGAGAUAUGGACUGCGACAAUUGCAAAGGGGUCGUCGAUCAGGGCAAAGCGGACUAUAAGUCGGGGUCCGGGCUGCCCUGGGUGGCCGGGAAGCAGACCGGGGCCGCUGAGGAUCGCUGCGACAGUGGGAUCGGAUCUAUGAACGAGAAGGAUGAGGAGAUGCUUCGGGAAAUCCAAGAGUUGAGCUUAACAGACAAGAGACCGGGAAUGGCAGAAAGCGCCCCGUGUUGGAGAGACUUUGUGUCGGAGGAUGGAGACACAUUUCUCCACCUGGCAAUCAUCCAUGGAGCCACGGAUAUAGUGGAUCAGAUCCUCAAGAACACAGUGGAAGGCGACCAAUACCUCAGCAGUCAGAAUUACCUGAAACAGACCCCCCUGCAUUUAGCAGUGAUCACAGAUCAGCCGCAGCUCGUGCGACAUUUACUUUGGUCCGGAGGUGACCUGGGCCUGAGGGACGUGAAAGGAAACACUCCUCUGCACAUCGCGUGUGAGAUGAAUUCAUCCUGCGUGCAGGCAAUCAGCGAAUGCUCCACAAGGCUCCACAUUCAAAGUCUCUUGGACAACAGAAACUACAAUGGACUCACUUGUUUGCACUUGGCAGUCAAAAACAGACAUUAUCAGAUGGUGAACUAUUUAAUUCAGCUGGGAGCUAACAUCAAUGCACAGGAAACAUCAAGUGGCAGGACAGCUUUGCACCUCGCAGUAGAAGAGCAGGAUGCUGACAUGGUGUCGCUGCUGCUGGUCUGUCGAGCUGACCCCAAUGCAUUGAUGUACAAUGGCUGCACAGCGUUCCACCUGACCGUGGGCAGAGACAACCACAAAAUCCAGAUGGAGCUGAUGAACGUAACAGACCCAUCACUGUUGAUCAUGAAUGAGGAGGAUUAUCUGUGGGAACCUGAAUCGCCUGAGAAAGAGCUCACAUUUAGUUACGAUGACUGUGUGAUUGGUGGUCACCUAUUGAGCUGCUGAAGAUUCCCCUUGUACCUCCACUCAGAAACAUUUGGACUUUAUUUAAAAGAAAAAAAAGAUUGAAGGUGCAUGGCUGCCCAUUCUACCACAGAGUUACGAAAGAACUUCAAUGUCGUACACUAAGAAUUUCAACACUUGCAGUCGGCAGCUCAUGUUUUUUUAAGAAUUUUAAAAACACAAAUACUGUAAUUUAAAUGAGUUUAAACAGCAAGAGACAUUGAGUUCCAUUGCAGCAUUACAGAACCUUAGAAUGAAAUGGAGCCAUGCUGUGGUGUGAAGUGAUGUGUUGAGUAGAAUAUGUCUUUGACCACUAUGACUGGGUAUAAGAUAACUGAAAUGAUGUAAAAAAAAAUUACAUCUGUCUGAGUGAUGGUUUCCAACUGUGCACCAAUAUUUUUAAUAUCAAUAUUUCAAUAAUGUAUAUAGUUUGUAAAUUAAUGUAAAAUUUGUAAAAAUGUUUUAUUUUUUUACUGUUGUAAAAUUGGAUGGAUAUAGAGUUCUUGGAUAUUUAUUCAUGUCAAUUAAAACUUACAAAACUGAAAAUGAAA